ACAACCAUUCAAACAAAUCGUUCAACCAGAGGCGAAAGCAUAUUGGCCUUUUGCAGCAUACAAGUCAGUCUGUUCCUAUACAAGAAAAUAUUCAAAGAUUCUGAAGGUAUUCUUAUCUUAAAUACUAGACAGAGAGAAACCCUUUACAGUAAGCGUUUAGUUUAGUUCAUUAGGCAGUUCAAACUUUCAUAGAACAGCGGCUAUGGCUAUGGAGAGUGCUCCACUGCUCAACACUCAUGGCGCAGACAGCAACCAGAUAGAAAAGCCUGUGAGAUGGGUUAAGGAGUUCGGAUAUGAGUCCAAGAGGUUAUGGCAUAUUGCAGGGCCGGCGAUAUUAACAGCAAUUUGCCAGUACUCAUUGGGAGCACUCACGCAAACGUUUGCUGGUCAUGUUAGUGAGUUGGAUCUUGCUGCGGUGUCCGUUGAGAACUCUGUCGUAGCUGGUCUUGCUUUCGGUGUCAUGUUGGGAAUGGGGAGCGCAUUGGAGACGCUAUGUGGUCAAGCAUAUGGUGCUGGGAGGAUAAGGAUGUUGGGGGUGUACAUGCAGAGAUCAUGGGUUAUUUUGUUCACUACAGCAUGCUUAUUGGUUCCCGUCUACAUUUGGUCACCUCCCAUUCUUGAACUCUUUGGAGAGACCACUGAAAUCUCCAAUGCUGCAGGUAAAUUUGCUGUGUGGAUGCUGCCGCAGUUAUUUGCUUACGCUAUUAACUUCCCUAUACAGAAGUUCUUACAAGCUCAGAGGAAAGUCAUGGUAAUGGCUUGGGUAUCAGCCAUCGUACUAGUGCUACAUGCUCUUUUCAGCUGGCUGCUGAUAUUAAAACUCGGAUGGGGACUAAUAGGAGCAGCAAUAACUUUAAAUACAUCAUGGUGGCUCAUUGUUAUCGGACAGUUGUUAUAUAUCUUUAUUACCAAGUCUGACGGUGCAUGGUGUGGAUUCUCGUGGCUAGCAUUUGCGGAUCUAUUUGGCUUUGUCAAGCUUUCUUUGGCUUCUGCUGUUAUGCUAUGCUUGGAAUUUUGGUACUUAAUGGUGCUGGUUGUCAUAACAGGUCGACUACCAAACCCUCUGAUACCAGUUGAUGCCAUUUCCAUUUGCUUGAACAUAAAUGGAUGGGAUGCAAUGAUUGCAAUCGGUUUCAACGCUGCUAUAAGUGUGAGAGUAUCAAAUGAACUUGGAGCUGGGAAUGCUUGGCUUGCAAAAUUUUCUGUGCUAGUUGUUUCAAUCACAUCUGUGGGCAUAGGGGUUGUUUGCAUGAUUGUGGUGUUUGCCACGAAAGAUUACUUCCCUUACCUCUUCACCAACAGUAACGCUGUUGCUGAAGAAACUACCGAGCUAUCAUUGUUAUUGGGGUUUACGGUACUCUUAAACAGCCUCCAACCGGUCUUAUCUGGUGUUGCUGUUGGAGCUGGAUGGCAAUCUCUUGUUGCGUACAUCAACAUUGGGUGUUACUAUAUUGUUGGAUUGCCGGCUGGGAUACUCCUUGGAUUCACAUUUGGUUUUGGGGUUAUGGGUAUUUGGUCAGGAAUGAUCGGAGGCAUUGUUUUGCAAACCUUAAUCUUGAUAGUUGUUACUUCACUAACCAACUGGAACAAGGAAGCUGAAGAAGCAGAAAGCCGUGUGAAGAGAUGGGGAGGAUCAAUUGCGGAGCAUUGAUUUGAAUCUGUCUAAGUGAAUUAGGGUCCAGUAAUGUUGGUUUAUCAGGGGCCGAUUACAGCUUUUAGUCAUCAUUUUGUAAGCAUUUAGGGUUACUUCUAAAGGCAAUGUGUUAGGCUAUACCUGUAGGUUUCCAUAAACCAACAGCAGCAACACAGAUUUCAGAAUCUUGACAUGGCAAGAUGCGAUUGAAUUCUGAUUUAAGUAAA